GGCUAGCUCGUGGAUAAGGUGAGUGCUACGCGGCCGAAAGGUGAGGGGGAGUGCUAUAGGGUGCGUGGUGCAUGAGGCAGGAGAGCUCUUUUCCUCCUCCACACAGACCAACCCAACAACAACCACCAUGGCCAUGGCCUCCGGCUCCAGGGUUGUUGCUCCGUCACUCCUCGCCUUCGGCGGCGGCGCCACCACCUUCGCUACCCCGCUUGCAGCAUCCAAGAGAGGCGCCCGCCUCGUAAGCAAGCGCUCCAGAAUCUCCGCGCAGCUCGGUGGUGGUGGUGGUGGUGGAGAUGGAGAGACCAAGCCUGACGGCAAGAAGUUCAUCACCAGAGAACAGGAACCAGAACAGUACUGGCAGACUGCUGGGGAGAGGAAGGGGGAGAACCCCAUGAUGACGCCGCUGCCCUACAUCGUCAUCUUCGGCUUCUCCACCCCCUUCAUCAUCCUCGCCAUCGCCUUCGCCAACGGAUGGAUCAAGGCGCCCCUCAUCCGCUGAGCUCCGGUCGAGCUCUCCUCCUUCCCCUUCCGGCGAGAGAGACGAUGACCUGCUUCCAUUCUAUAGAGAUUACUGUAAAGCUGUAUGUAUGUAAUUCAUUUCUUCAGAGAUCUUUAUAUAGUGGAGUCACCGGUUGCUCUA